AGGAGGACACACUGCACGCAAGCUCCACUACUCCAGCCUGCGAGCUCGGAGAAAAGGUGGAGGUGUAGCUUGUUUAAUCAAUGUUUCGCCCCCGUCGUCCUGACAGCAAAGUCUGAUUGGAAGGAAUCUAUGCCUGUUUAUGACUGACGUCUGCUCCGGUGCUGAAAAGUGUUUGCUGGGCAACACCUAGAUACAAUGCAUACAGCUGAAAGCCUACUCGAGGCAAUGUGCCAAGGCAUUCACGCAAUCAUCAGUACCGUGGCACAGGGUCUCUACAAUUUUCGGGGGGUUCCGAGACAAAAGAGAAAAAAAUGCCUCUGUCUUCAAAUGACGUCACCAAUGCUGUUGCCCAAAGACUAAAGUAUUAUGCGGAGGUGGAGAGGAGGGAAGAUGGGUUUGACCUCUCACCUGUGGAGCCCCGCGCCCUCACAAAGCACCCCCUGCUGGGCCCCGGGUUGCUGCACGACCGCAGCCUGAAGCACUACUUCAGCGAGGUGGGGGUCAGGGCGGCGCUGCAGCUGCGCGGACAGACGGCGGGAUCGGCCAGGCGGAGCCAGCCCGAGCCGAGCCCCCCCCGUCAGCUCACGGUCACUCGCCACAUCCGCAGACACAUGAGGAAGACCGCGUUCUCUCAAGCCGCUGUCCCCAGGGAGCAGGAUUUCAGAUACUACAGCAGACCCAGCAUCAACAGAGCCCCAUGCUAUUGGCCAGAGCCCAUGCCAAUCUACCGGCGUGUCCCUCCCCCCUACAUCACUAGGGGAGAGCUUGUGCGUCUCGUCUCCUCUGCAUCCAGACUCAUAGUGGCCACGGAGGCAGUACAGCUAGCUCCCGAACUGCAAGAUGCUUCCAGAGCCACAGCCAACAGUUGUCAGUCAAAGAAUCACAUCUCUCUGCCACGCAUACAAUAUGCAGGUGAGAACAAGAAGAACCACAAGAAAUUGUGGGUGAAGAGUGGUGAUGCAGUCAUGCCCGGUGACAGGACAUUGCCUCAAAAGCCAGAAAGCUCAGUUUCCACAAGGGGACUUUGUGAAAGAGGGAGGAGGAACAGCAGUGGAACACACAGGAAAAAACUGACUUUAUCACAUGAAAGACCAACCAUCAGCAAGAGCGCGUCAGGCCAGGGGAGGAAAUCAGACGCUGAUACCUCCUCCCAGUCUGGUAAUUCCCAGAAGAAGGGUCCAGAUUGUGUCAAGGGGGAGAGAAAGACAGCGACUGAGAGCGCAGCAGGGAGAGAGGGGGAUGAAAUUCAGGGAGUGAGGGUUUCCACAGGGAUGGAUCUCCCACUGGAAGAAGUGGCAGACAGGUGUUUGUCGGGAAGCUGCAGGGGAACCGGAGAAGUCAGAGGAAAGGAGGACCAAGCUGAAACCACAGAGCAGGACCUACAUGUGGUGGAAAGUGUACGGGGCUAUAAUGCAGAAAGUAGUUUUUCCCUGGGGCAAAUGAGAGAUCAAUGCUCUCCUGCAGAUGAUGGCAAGAAAGACGGGGAAAGUCUCUUUGUUUUGGAAAAGGGGGGAAAUACUGCCCCCUUCAUGAGAUUCCAGGCUUUACCUGAAGGGGAGAAUGAAUCAAAUCUGACAGGACAGCCAGGGAAUAUGGGAAGUGACCCUGGGCAGGGGAGAAUAUUCACACCUACAUUCCUCUCCCAUUGUAACUCAGAGGACAGAGCGUGGGCCAGCACAGAAGAUGUACCUCAGAGACCCUCUCUCCUGAGCAGAUGUCUGGCCUUGUCUGGUGACACCGACACGAGCACGAGCCAGUCACUCUCGGAUGAAGAAGGUGCAGAGGUGCCCAGUCCUCAUUCUGGGAGGCAGAGGAAAGACGCAGCUCAUGGACAUGCAGCAGUCGUCCCUGGAGAUGAGGAAGAUGAGACAAAAGUAACGGGAAAGAGUGUUCCUGUCAUACUCUCUGGGAUUUCUGUGGAACGCAAUGAUAGCACCCAGUCUUCGGAAGAGGCAAUCUUUGACUUUGAGAACCUGACUCCCUCUUUGGAUCAGAAUGAGAAUUUGCUAAAAAAUAUGGUGGGUAACCACAGCCAUGACAACCUUUCACCUCAACAGAACCAAAGAGAUGAAAUGCCACACAGAGAAGAGGGAAUCUUGAAUCUUCCUGUGACUCACAAGGAUCAGACUAUUCUAGGAUCAAGCAAGCAAAAUAUUGUCCACAUUGACAAUAAUCCCAUGUCAUGCCUCAGUGAUAAGAACCAAGAGAUGAACAACCACCCUGGUGAGCUUGAUCUGGACCUCGAUGAAGAGAACUUUCCCCCUUUCUCCCCAGAAGAGUUUCUGAAUCCCCCCUCACUUAGGGCCAGUCCCAGGGACACAGAUACCAUGGACAUCCUGCUGAGCGACACCAGAUCUGUGCUUUCUGAUGUGUCAGAUACAGGACUAUUGUCAAAAGAAGACAAAGACCCAUCUGUCAUGGAGACCUGUUCACCCUGAAGGUUUCCUCUGCCAAUUCUCAGUUCUCUCCCCUUUAAGAUAGCCCACUUGAAUGAUGCUUUGCAACACCAUUUGGAUCAUAAUUUCACAUGCUGGACUUUUAGAGGCAAAGAGUCGAAUGCAGAAUCACAGAAUAUCACUCCUCAAAUCAAUAAUCUCUUAACUGUAUGGUGCACACUAUCCUUCAUUUUCGAAAUAGUUUCUUGUCUAUUGUCAAGUUUCCUGUGUGAAGAUAACGUGAACAACAAUCUUUUUCUAUUAAAAUGAUUCUUUGAUUGCACAUUAAAUGAAAGCUACAAUAAAAUGCACU